AAGAAAAACGUAGGGUGUCAGUUUGCCUCUGGUUGGUUGACACGGUACGGUGGACGUGGAAUAUAUAACAGAAAUACUCGCGGACACAGUGAUGCUCAUUCAUUGUAAGAGAUUUGACAUUUGUACGAAUACAACGGAAUACGUCAGCCCAUGACAACACCGUAGAGAAAGCCUCUGCUUAACGUUUUAACUUUGGCUGGUGAAGAAAAUAACCAACUUUUGAUCUUCUCGUUAUUGUUUCCUCUUCUGUUGUCGCAUAUUCUUCUAACGAACGCUCAAAUGCUCACCGAAGAGCAGCACGUCUAAUAAACACAUUGUCAUAUUUUUAUAUUUAUUUAUUGGUUCUCGAUGGCUCCGAUGGGCAUCCGGCUGUCGCCGCUCGGUAUAACCGUGUUCUGUUUACUGGGGCUCGGUGUGAUCUAUCACCUGUACGCCGGGGUCCUGUCAAGCAGACUGUCAUUAUUCAAACAGAAAAAGACCGUGGAUCUGAGGGAUCUGCUCGCCCUCUCCAUAGAGGCUGCAGUGCAGGGUGGACGGGAGGUGAAGAGGAUCAGGGAGGACAACGCUUUGGAGGAGAAGUCAAAGGGGAAAACUAAAGAGGGAGCCAGCGAAAAGCUCACACUGGGUGAUCUGAACUCUCAUCGCAAGAUGUUUCACCUGAUCAAGAACACUUACCCCCAAUUACAGGUAAAUUCAGAGGAGCAUGAUAAUGCUGAGGGCGAGGCCACCAUAUGGGCACGCCACAUUCCUAAAGAGAUUUUGGAGAAGGUCCCAGGGGAAAAGGAAGUGCUUGCAGAAAGGAUCACUGUAUGGAUUGAUCCACUGGAUGCCACUCAAGAAUACACAGAAAACCUUCGACAGUAUGUCACCACCAUGGUGUGUGUGGCUGUGGACGGGAAUCCUGUUAUAGGCGUGAUCCACAAACCCUUCACUGGGUACACAGCGUGGGGUUUUGUUGGCGAGGGAGCCAAUAUUGCACCUCGUGCGUCCUAUAAUACAAACUCUCCUAAGGUGAUUGUGUCACGCUCACAUGCUGGAAAAGUAAAGAGUUUUAUUCAAUCGGCAUUUGGAAACAAUACUGAAAUUAUUCCAGCAGGGGGUGCAGGAUAUAAAGUACUGGCUCUUCUAGACCCUACUGAUGAGGAAUAUGAGAAGGCUGAUAUUUAUAUACAUGUGACGUUUAUCAAAAAGUGGGAUAUCUGUGCCGGCGAUGCCAUCUUGAGGUCUGUGGGAGGACAAAUGACAACUUUGAAAGGAGAGAAGAUUGAUUACUCCAGCUCAGAGGGGAACACAGGUGGCCUGCUGGCCAGUGUCAAAACCGACCACAAAGCAUUGGUGACGAGACUUCCAAACUGGGAAGGAAACAAAUAAUAGUCAGUCACUGCUGAUGCUCCUUUUGUCUCUGGAACAACACACUUGUGUAGAGAUUUGUGAAAGCGAGAUAAGCUUAUGUCAGGGGAACACUGAGCCAGAGUCAGUAACAGUUAAUAAAGUUAUAUGUGUAAUAAUUCCCAAAGGAGUUUGAAAAGAGGUACAGCAUUAAAAGGCUUAUAAAAGGAUUAUCACUCAUGUUUCGUAUGAUGUAUUUAAAGAAUGUUUGAAUGUUACAUUUGGUCAAAGUGCAGGAUUAAAUCAUGAGAUCAGCUUAGUUUGAUUAUUUUCAAGUUAAACUAGUAGCUUUAUGUUUUAUUUUCCUGUUUGUUUGUUUGUUUUUGUGUGAUGCUGUUUGUGACACUCUAAAAUGUCUGGUUAAACUGGGUUUGAAUGGUUACAUUGAUUUUGGGUAGGGAUUUAACUGUGAAUCCAGAGAUAACUUGAAUGUUAUGUCAUUGUGCAUACGUUGUCCAUUACAGAGGUUUAAGCACCAUAUGUAAAUAAUAAAUAUAUAAUACAGAUUAUUAAGAUGGACGUUUUGUUUUAUUUUGUUUGUAGGAAGAGUUAAAAGAGAAGUUAACAAAAGAUUUAGUUAGAUGCUCAGCUUUUUGGUGAAUAUUUCUGUUGAUAUACCAGUCUUAGGGCUCCUUCACUGUGAUAGCUAACUCAUUGUAAAACUUCAAUUUUAAAAAAAGAAAGUAUUUUUGUAUUGAUACCCUUGCCAUGAUUGUUUGUCAAGGUCAUGCAGAUUUCCAUGUGUUUUUCUCAUAAUGUGUGCAUGACAACAAGAGUAUCGUUGAUAAAAGACUCGUGUUUCUGCAUGUGCCCUUUUACAGAUCUUGUCUGAGAUUUGUGGCAUGUUGUUUGGAAUCGCAUUGAUUGAUGUCUUCAUUCUGCCUUUAAUAAAUUUAAGAUUUGGGUUUUGAAAA